CAACAUUCUCUCUCUAAAAUUCCAAAAAAAAGAAAAAGAAAAAAGAGAGAAAUUCUUUUAUUUUUAUUUUUCAUUCUCUCUCCUUCUCCCUAUGAUUUUUCAUUGAGCUUCGAACAUGAUUUUCCUUUCAUCGGCGACUGUCUAAUUCCCGUACAGUUCCAACGAUGCUCCGACUUAACGCCGAACGACGCCGUUUUCCGAUAGCUUUCGGUAGUCUUACAUUUCUUGAAGGGGGAAUUGUAUAUAAUGAUGCAUAGAAUUAACGUGAUGGAAGAGAAUAAUCAUCAUGAUGGGACUGAUUCCAGGCCUGCAAGAAAUUUUGUUCAGAUUGAUUCUAUAUAUAUUGAUCUAUUUAGCUCCGAUCAUAUAUGUGAUGACCAGAAAUGUGAACUUUUCUCCAUCCGUGGUUAUGUGUCUGAUAUGCACAAAAAGGAUUGGAAGAUAUGUUCGCCAUUUUCUGAUAUUAUUGAUAAUGGCCAUAAGUUGAAUGAGCCUAUAGCCUCGGUGCCAUCUGUAUUAGAUCCGAGUUUCGACGCGUACCAAGGCAAGAUUCAUUGGCAAGAGACUUCUGAUAAAGAUGCAGAUCAAGGUUUCCUAUUUGAUCAUAACCUUGGAAAAUUUUCAAAUUCUUCUCCAAAUGCUUCAAAACAAGAUGUAAUCAGUGGAAGAACAAUAAUGGCUGAUAAUGUUUCUAAUUCAUAUUAUGAUCAGAAGGAAAAGAAACUUAAUGUUGCAGAUAGAUCAGAUAACUGCACUGUUGCUCUUAUAUCACAAAGUGAGCCAGGUUGUGCAAGUCAUGGAGUUACUGAGAUUGAGCUUGUUAGUAGAAAUCUCACUCUCAAAGCAGCUGAGGAAAGCCUUGCAGCACUUCAGGAUGGAAAACAAACUCCUGCAGAUUGUCUAAAUGGACAGUUAACCUUGUUGGUAUCAGAGAAGGACGAUAUGGUAGACGUAGUCCAUGGGCAUCAUACUGUUAAAGUUCAAGGAAAUGGCGAUGCUUCUAUGGAAUCAAAUGAAAGCACGGUUUCAUCAUCUGAAAGUGCUGAGACAGUUGGAAACAGUCCUCAUAAUUGCCAUCUAGGAAGAUUACAUCGUCGAAGAACUCCAAAGAUUCGCCUAUUGACUGAUUUGUUAGGAGACAAUGGAAAUAUGGUAGUUAAACAUGUUGAUCAAAGUUCUCCAUCCGAUGGGUCUCCUGAGGCAUCUGAGCAGGCAGAUGUGAGGUUUACUUCCAAAUGUCAGGUAACUAUAGAGGAAGACGCUUCACAUCCUGAUCAUAAAAGAGAAAGAAGGUUGGCUAGGAAUGGAAAAUGUAGGCAUCAAGAGAUUCCUUCUUCUUCCAGUGUGGAUAAGCAAAUUCAAACAUGGAGGGGCGAGAUAGAAAGCUCUGUUUCUUGUUUAGGAACUGAAAAUGCUCCUUCAGGAAUGAAAAGUACCAUGAAGGGCCCAUGGUGCAGCUACAAAAUGGAUGGAAACAGUAGUUUAAGAAGGAAGAAAAGUAAAAAGUUUCCAGUAGUCGACCCAUACUCUAUGUCCUUAACGCCAUCUGAAGUUAAAGAUCAAUGUGAAAUUUGGGAGAUAAACGAAAAUAGAAGUGAAGUUGCAGUGGAUAGUGUUGCUAUCUUUGCACAUCACAAUGAAUUUUCUUGCAGAAUUCCACACUCAAUAUCAUCGAACGUCAUAGAAUCUAAACCCGGCACAUCUGGAAACCCGAAUUCAAGCAAGGAACCUGUGGUUUUUGAAGGGCCCACUAAUGUAGUUCCAUGGAACAAUAGAAUCCUUUGGAGGGGUUCAGUUACUCAGAAGGAUGUGGAAACCAUGAAUGGUAAUCCUGCAGCUAAUCCUUUUCCAAAUUUCAAAAAAAAUGAAAGAGAAUGGCAUCCUUCUCUCAAUAACUAUUCCAGUCUACAAAAGGACCACAAAGGAAUCCGUUGUCGUGGGGAAAAUGAGUUGUCUACUUUUGUGCCUGAGCAAGACGACACUUCCAAGGUAAGUCAAUUGAAUGGUAACAGAACAGGUAGUCAUAGAGAUCCAAAUUACCCUCAUCAAGCUUCAGAUGUUAUUUGUGGACACGGAGUGGAUACUGUAAUGAACAGUAAAAUGACCAACUUGAAAAUGUCUCUUCCAAGAGACCCUCAAACAGAUAAUAGUCAGUCGCAGCUGCAGAAUAAGGAUUUACUCAGAAGAGGCAAUGGUAAAAGAACUAUUGAAGCUCAGGAACCUUUGGCUCUAAAGAAGAGACAGAUUAACCAGAGAACGGACCAGCCAUCUGACCGUGGGACUUCCGAUGAUAUCCCCAUGGAAAUCGUCGAACUAAUGGCAAAGAAUCAGUAUGAAAGACGUCUUCCUGAUGCUGAGAAUAAUUAUAAACAUGUUUCAGAAACAGGAAAAUUCUCAAGGGCCGUUCAAGUAAAUAAUUAUGACUAUGUAUAUAGAAAUGGGAGAGAAUUAUUACAAAAGCCUGGAAAUCUGAAACAAAAUGCUCAAGAAAGGAAUGGAGGAAAUGGUUUGAUUUGUGCGAGAGAAGUUGUGGAAGCCAGGACACAUACACCAGCAAAUUAUUUCUCAAAUAUUGGGGAAUCUCAAUUUGGUAUUAGCCAUCUGCAGCAGAAUCAUAUGCUCAGGUGUAAUGAUUCGAUUCAUUCUUUAGAAGAACCAUCAAAUGGUAUGCAAUAUUCUUCCAUUGGAUCUAAAAGAAAAAUUCGUUCAGAGAUUAGAAAAUGUAAUGGAACCACAGUGGAAUCAGGUCCCUACAACUCCAAAGUACAAUAUUCUGAAGGAUGCAUAGAUCAUUUACCCGUUUCAGAACAGAAUAUAGAAGCAGCGUACUUAUGGUCUACUUCUUCUUUGAUGCCAGAUCAUAUGUCCAAUGGAUAUCAGAACUUUCCAGCUCAUUCGACCGACAGUAGAAAAAUCUCAAGUCCGAGAACAUUUCAGAUGGGAAACACAAAUGCCCAGAAUCAUCAUAAUCAUCACCCUACCAACCUAGAAAGGCACGGCAGGCAAAAAAGUACUGAAGCAUACAGCCAGAGAUUUGCAGAGAGUUCAUUUUGUCGCCAUCCUAAUGUGGUUGAGCUUCAGCAUAAUCCAGUUGGCUCACUGGAGUUGUACUCUAACGAAGCUAUAUCGGCAAUGCACUUGCUUAGCCUCAUGGAUGCCAGAAUGCAAUCUAAUGCACCCACGACUGCAGGUGAGAAGCAUAGACCAUCUAAGAAACCUCCUGUUCCUCGUACUCAAAAAGCUGAAGAAUUUUCUGCAACCGACAUUUGUUUCAAUAAGACCAUCCAGGACAUGAGCCAAUUUUCAUCUGCUUUCCAUGACGAAGUUUGUAGUUCUGCUACCAAUGCAUCCACUAGUACCUUCCAGCAUAGUAGAGGAUUUGGAAGCGGUACCAAUUUUUCCAGCCAGGCCGUCUUUAGGUCUCAAAAUGGAGCAAAAAUGAAAUGCUCAGAUUCAUCUUCUUGGAGCAAAGACCAAAAGCUAUCGAAGUCUCAUUUCAUAAGUGGUGAUGAUAGAACAUUUCCUGUUAAUGGCAUAGAGAAAGGUCUGGUAAAUGCAUCUAAUUCCGAAGUGUUUGUGUUGGCGCAUCACAUGAAAAGAAACUCUGAGGAAUGCAAAUUGGUAGCUCAUACUCGAACUCUGCAAAACGAGAAAAGCACUUCUGAGACUGAAAUAUGUUGUGUCAACAAAAAUCCUGCUGAUUUUAGCUUGCCUGAAGCAGGAAAUAGAUACAUGAUUGGAGCUGAAGACUUCAAUUUUGGAAGAACUUUUCUUCCUAAGAACAGAUCUGGCUCUAUCUGUUUCAACAAUCGGUACAAACAGCAGACGUUCGUUUAGCAUGAUACCAACAAACUACAUGGAACAAAUCAACAUAAAUAAAUCUUGUGCAAUCCUUUCUGGAAAAGUCCUUAAUCAUCACUCAAGGUCGAUUUCCUUAAUCCGAUAUUUUGAAGGAUCACAUGGAAUCAGAGCUGCAUACGAAAAGUCAUGCUUGGCGCAAGAAAAGGUUGGUGUACAGAUCUUAAAAUUCUCAGUACUAUGUAUAUGAAGUAUCCAUAUUCCAAAGGUAACGCUGUAAGUUGUUGUAUUCCUGAUCUUUAUAGCGCCAUGAACAAUGCCAUUUGAAAGGCUUGCACCAACCUUUUGGUCUCUGAAUAUGAGUGACCAAAAAGUUAGAAUUGAAGGAAGCAAAGACUAUGCUAAAUUAUCAGUAUUGAAGUCCUAGUAUUUUGACAAACAAACUCGUAACAAUUUACUAAUAAGCUGGUUUUUGUUGAAUGGUUCAGUUUGUAUUGGAUGAAUGUCAAGGCCUCUCCCUGACUUGAUUUAUAAUGAAGAAUGUUUGAAAAAUUUACAGUU